AUGCAACCAGGCGGGCAAAGUCUUGUUGAUCGGCUUUUAGCUGCUAAAAAUACAAUUGCUGGACAAGCUCUAGCAAAAAUUGUCUGUAAAGCAACAACAGAAGAAAUUAUGGGUCCAAAACGAAAACAUCUUGAUUUUCUUUUGCAAGCAACGAAUGAAAUGAAUGUAUCAAUACCUCAAUUGGCUGAUUUAUUAAUUGAGCGUACACAAAAUUCAUCAUGGGUUGUUUCAUUUAAAGCAUUAAUUACAAUACAUCAUUUGAUGUGUUUUGGAAAUGAACGUUUUGAAGCUUAUAUGGCUUCACAUAAUCAUAGACUUCAACCAGCUGCUUAUUUAGAUCGUAUGGGAAUGCCUGGGGGUGAUAUGUCGAAUUAUAUUCGACGUUAUGCUAGUUAUUUAAAUGAAAAACGAGAAUCUUAUAAAUUAAUGGGUUAUGAUUUUUGUAAAAUUAAACGAGGAAAAGAUGAUGGAGUUCUUCGAACAAUGCCUACUGAAAAGCUAUUAAAAGCAUUACCUAUUCUUCAAAAACAACUUGAUGCUUUACUUGAAUUUGAUAAUAAAAAAUUAAAAAUUUCUGUUACACCAAAUGAACUUACAAAUGGUGUUAUAAAUAGUUGUUUUUUUCUUUUAAUCAAAGAUCUCAUACGUUUAUAUGCAGCUUUUAAUGAUGGAAUGAUAAAUUUACUUGAGAAAUAUUUUGAUAUGAAUAAAAAACAAUGUCGUGAAGCAUUAGAUAUUUAUAAGAAAUUUCUUGAUCGAACAGAUAAAGUUUCAAAUUUUCUCAAAGUUGCUGAAUACCUUUCAGUGUAUGUCUAUCAGACAUCGGGUAUGGAACGAAGUGAAAUUCCUGAUUUAUCACGAAGAUUGGAUGAAAGUAAUACAGCUCCAAGUAGUCUUUUGGAAGCAUUGGAAAAUCAUUUAGCACAUAUGGAAGGUAAAAAAUUAUCAUCUCAAACAUCAAUUUCAAGACAACAAACAGAACAAGAUUUAAAAAGUUUUUCACGUGAUUUAAUAUUUAAUGAUAGUGAUGAUCCACAAAAAAUUCUCGAAGAAGAAGCUAAAGCACUUGAAAUAUUUAAUAAGAGUAAAGAUUCAUCAUCUACAUUUACACAACCACCACCAGCAACAACAACUAGCAAUAAUUUUGGCGAUACAGAUUUCUUUUCUCAGCAAACAUCAUCAAAUGGUCAAUAUACUAAAUCAAGCGCAACUGUACAACAACAGCAAUUAUUAACUGAUGAUCUUUUUUCACUUGCUACACCACCAUCACAAACAUCAACAAAUACGUUUUUUAAUAAUAAUCAAAAUACAUUUCCUGCAUUUCAACAACCGCAACAACCAUUCCAAAAUGUUCUUGAUACAUCAGUACCAAAAACAAACUUUUUCGAUGAUAUUCUUCAACCAACAUCGACGUCAUCAAAUAAAAAUACACCAUCAAUGCCAUUAUUUACUACUAAUCAAAACAUUCCAUCAACAACUAAACCACUUCAAUCAGGUGAUCUUAAUUCAUCUCUUAAUCAAUUAUUAGAAAAUCUUGAUAUAAAAGAUCGAUCGAAAAUUGGAAAGGAUCAUCAAUGGACACCAGGCGAUAGUAAAAAUCAACAAAAAAUUGGAAUCGGAGGUGGAAGUAUAGUUAGUCCUGGUACAACAUGGCCAAGUCAACCACCAAUGAUAAGCGCACCAUUUGGUGGUACGGGUGUUCAACAAAAUACAAUGUGGCAACAACCAGCACCUCAAAUAUCAUCAACCAAUCCUUUUGCUGCUCCGACUGGUCAAUCACAAAUGGGCUUUGGUAGUAUGGGACCUCGACCAAUGGGUGCCGGUACAAAUCCAUUUGCUGCUCAACCAUCAUUUGGCGCUUCAACAUUUGGUCAACAACCAAAACAAAAUCAGCAGCAAAUCAAUGAUCCAUUUGGCAGUCUUUAA